AUGUCUGGCAGGAGUAUCCGGAGAGAACCACUAACAUUAGACAGGAGUACCCGGAGAGCACCACCAACAUUAAGCAGGAGUACCCGGAGAGCUGCACCAACAUUAGGCAGAAGUACCCGGAGACCAGCACCAACAUUAGGCAGGAGUACCCGGAGAGCAGCACCAACAUUAGGCAGGAGUACCCGGAGAGCAGCACCAACUUUAGGCAGAAGUACCCGGAGAGCAGCACCAACAUUAGCCAGGAGUACCCGGAGAGCACCACCAACAUUAGUAAGGAGUACCCGGAGAGCACCACCAACAUUAGACAAGGAGUACCCGGAGAGAACCACCAUUAUUAGGCAGGAGUACGUGGAGAGAACCACCAUUAUUAGGCAGGAGCACGUGGAGAGAACCACCAAUAUUAGAAGUAUCCGGAGAGCAUCACCAACAUUAGGCAGGAGUACCCGGAGAGCACCACCAAAAUUAGCAAGGAGUACCCGGAGAGCACCACAAAAAUUAGCAAGGAGUACCCGGAGAGCACCACCAAAAUUAGCAAAGAGUACCCGGAGAGCACCACCAACAUUAGGCAGGAGUACGUGGAGAGAACCACCAACAUUAGGCAGGAGUACCUGGAGAGCACCACCAACAUUAGGCAGGAGUAUCCGGAGACCAUCACCAACAUUAGGCAGGAGUACCCGGAGAGCACCACCAAAAUUAGCAAGGAGUACCCGGAGAGCACCAUCAUUAUUAGGCAGGAGUACGUGGAGAGAACAACCAACAUUAGACAGGAGUACCCGGAGAGAACCACCAAUAUUAGAAGUAUCCGGAGAGCAUCACCAAUAUUAG